UAAAUUAAUCACAUAAAUAACUACACCAUUAACCCUCUGCAGCUUUUGUUUUUUAGAAGAGUUUGUCAAAUAUUAUAUGUUCAAAACCUCACAGAUCCAGCCCAACAUCAGAUUCCCCCUCCUCUCUACAGCUGGUUUAUUGAGAGAGAAGAUAGAGAUGACCAUUCAGGAUUUGCAGCAGAGGGUUUUGCUCUUCUUUUUCUUCGCCUCAAAAGUAAAAACAAAGCUAAGGUAAGUAAACAUCUAUUGCAUCAGUAUUAUGGUAUUUUGAUGAUGGCUUCUUCUGGGAUAUGAGAUGAAACUAAGCUCUGCUCACAAGCUUGUUAUAUUAGGUGCUAAGGAAAGAGUUUUGUUUAGAUUAAACAUUAAUCGAUAUCAUUCAUUUAUUGUUUCAGUCUAUGAGAGCAAAGCCUGAAUGAUUCCCGUCGUAUGAAAACUAAAAGCUGAUAGCAGAUUAUGGGGUUUAAUGGACUGCUCCACAUGUUGUUAAUACCUCCGGUCAAAUCUAUUCCAUCAUGGGCACAAGAAAACAGGUGAAGCUCUGACGGAAGCGAGGCCCACAAAAUGAAGUGAGAUAAAUCACAUGCAGAUUUCUCCUGUGUGAAGACAUCACUGUUGCAUUCAUCUUCUGCCACAGACCUUGGUCAGAGCUAUUCACUCAAUUAUAUCUGUCAGCGAAAAUUGAUGCAAAAGAAUCCAGGACGGGGUCAGGAUCCUUGGUGACACACAUAAUGCAAGGGGCUUUUAUCUGCUUCCACACUGUGACGAUAACUUGCAAAUUACAAGCAGAGAAAAGCACCAUUGUGGUGUAGACUCUAGAGAAGAACAUUGUACAGCACUACAGCUUAGCUUUCUUAAAACUUGGAAGAAGUGAGAUCUACUGCACCGCUACAGACAUCAAAUCCUUCACGGCUAUGGGUGAAGAAGAAGCAUCAGUAUCGCGUAGUGGCAAACUUUCUCAAGAAAACCAUCCCAGCGGCCUCACCAUCAAGACUUCCUCUUGUUGCAGCAAAAUUGGUAAAGAUGCUUUAACCUUAAUCCCUACGGAUUUGCAUUCUCCAAGCUUAAAAACCUCAAUUGAGUCAUCUCCACACAACUCUCCAUCCUUGGUGUCCCCACCCUCGUCAGCAUUUGUUUCAGCUUUACAGUCGCCAUAUAUCUCACCAAGAGCCACAAACCCGAAACCCCAAGAGAACUCAACUCCGCAAGAUAACCCUCCUCUUGUUACUCAUCCAUCACCGCCAGUCUCAUUCAGAGGGGGUUCGCAAUCUGAUGAUACACCAAGUAGUUCCUACACUCCCCCAUCAGACCAGUAUGAGUACUCUGAUGACCCUGCAGAUCCGAAGCUCAAGUUUGUAACUUGUGUUCCAGUCCCAGAUCCUGCUCCACGCAUCUCAUUCUCAUUCCCAGUGCCUCGAAUUUCCUUCGCAAAAGCUCCUGUUUCUCCGGCUUCUAAUGCCAAACUCAGGAGCUGUGAUGUUUUCAUUGGCUUCCACGGUCAAAACCCAAAUUUGGCUCGCUUCUGUAAGUGGCUUAAGUCAGAGCUGGAGCUUCAGGGAAUUGCUUGCUUUGUUGCAGAUAGAGUCAAGUAUUCGGAUAGUCAGAGUCAUGAGAUUGCUGACCGAGUCAUCUGCUCAGUCACAUAUGGAGUUGUGGUGGUCACUAAUUCUAGCUUUCUCAACCAUCUCAGCUUGGAGGAAAUUAGAUUCUUUGCUCAAAAGAAGAACUUGAUUCCACUCUUCUUUGACACGGGAUCUGCUGAGAUCAUGGGACUUCUCAACUGCAAUUCAAUUAAUAAAGAAUGCAAAGAGGCACUUGACGGACUAAUCAAGAGUCAUGAGUUCAAGCUGGAAGCCAGUGAGGGUAAUUGGAGAAGCUGUGUGGCUAAAGCUGCAGGAAUAUUGCGAGCAAAGCUUGGAAGGAAGAGCGUGGUAGAGACAGAUUUUGUUGGUGAAGGAUUUGAGGAGCUGCCCUUUCCAAGAAACAGGUUUUUUGUGGGAAGAGAGAAGGAGAUAAUGGAGAUUGAAACUGCCUUAUUUGGACACGCUGAUUCUCUUGAGCAAGAUUGUUGCUCUAGGCCUAUUAUAAAAGGUGAAGCAAGCGGGCAAUCUGAAGGGCUUGCUGAUGAAGAAAGUGAUCAUAAUGUUUCCAGUAGGGGGAGGUACAUUAAUUUGGAAUUGGGUAAGUGCAAAGAGCCGACGCUAGAGGCAUGGGUUGAGCCUGUUAUGGGAAGAAAUCCAACCCAAAGGUCCAAAUACAAGAAAUCAAAAAGUGGGAACUACAAGAGCUUAGGCAGCAGUGUGAUUUGCAUAAAUGGGAUUCCUGGCAUUGGAAAGACAGAGCUUGCUCUUGAAUUUGCCUAUAGGUAUUCUCAGAGAUAUAAGAUGGUUCUUUGGGUUGGUGGAGAAGCCCGAUAUUUCCGGCAGAAUAUACUGAAUUUAUCACUCAAUUUGGGAUUGGAUGUGAGUGCUGAUGAUGAGAAGGAAAGGGGCCGUAUUCGAUGCUUUGAGGAGCAGGAAUUUGAAGCAUUCAAGAGAGUGAAGAGAGAGCUCUUUCGAGACAUGCCUUAUCUGCUGAUCAUCGACAAUCUUGAGACAGAGCGAGAGUGGUGGGAAGGAAAAGACCUGCAUGACUUGAUUCCUAGGAACACCGGAGGGUCUCAUGUGAUUAUCACAACUAGGCUAUCAAAGGUGAUGAAUUUUGACACAACGCAGCUUCCUCCAUUGCCUUCAUCUGAUGCAAUGAUUUUAGUAAGAGGAAGAAGGAAGAAAGACUAUCCAGCUGAGGAGUUGGAGUUUUUGAGAAAAUUUGAUGAGAAAUUGGGAAGAUUGAGCUUUGGUUUAUGGAUCAUUGGUUCACUGCUUUCCGAACUUGCCAUUUCUCCAUCCGCACUCUUUGAAACUGUAAACGACGUCUCACUUGAAGAUAAUUCUACUUCAUUAUAUAUGAUCACUAGUGGUGAGCAAUACUGCAAGAACAACCCUUUCUUGAUGAAAAUUCUAUGUUUUUGCUCCGCUGUCUUACAGCAAAUUAAUGGGAGAAGGAACAUUCUUGCGUCACGAAUGCUUCUUGUUGGUGCUUGGUUUGCACCAGCACCCAUUUCAGCAAAUUUGCUUGCUAUUGCAGCUAAGUAUAUGCCCGUUGCUGGGAACCGAUUAAGAAGGUGGACUAAGUGCCUAAGUCUCACGUUCGUUUGUUGUGGUGGAUGCGGUUUAGCUACUCAAAGUGAAGAAGAUUCUGCUAUUCUCCUAGUAAAGCUAGGAUUGGCAAGAAGAGUUAAUCGACAGACUGGAUGUUGGAUUCAGUUCCAUCCUAUAACUCAAGCAUUUGCAAAGAGGAAAGAGUGCUUAUCUGCUGCAAAAGCCACAGUCCAAGGCAUAAGAAAAGCCGGUAACCCAUUUCUGAAUUCUGAUCAUCUAUGGGCUUCUGCAUUUCUUGUAUUUGGAUUUAAGUCCGAACCCCCUAUUGUGCAACUUAAAGCCAUUGAUAUGGUUUUAUAUAUCAAGAAGACGGCACUACCAUUAGCAAUCAGAGCCUUCACAACAUUCUCAAGAUGCAACUCGGCAUUGGAGUUAUUGAAGGUGUGCACAAAUGUGUUGGAGGAAGUAGAAAAGUCAUUUGUAUCUCAGAUACAAGACUGGUGUCAUGGGUCGCUUUGCUGGAAAAAUAAGUUACAAGGUAAUCAAAGGGUGGAUGAGUACGUGUGGCAAGAUGUGACAUUGUUGAAGGCUACCCUAUUGGAAACGAGGGCAAAGCUGCUGUUAAGAGGUGGGCAUUUUGACAGCGGUGAAGAAGUCUGCAGAACUUGUAUCAGUAUUCGGACAGUGAUGCUUGGGCACAAUCAUACCCAAACCUUGGCUGCUCAAGAAACACUUGCAAAGUUAGUGAGAAUGAGGAGCAAGAUAUGAUAAGCUCACUCUCAAGAUAAGUUCAGUUUUGUUCACGAUGUAAAACACAGACGAAUUUGUAUCUUUCCAUUGACUUGGAUUAGAUAGGAAAUGGCACUGCUUUUGUUGA